AUGGAUCAGGACUACGAGUCCAGACUGCUAAGGCAAAUCAACAUCCAAAAUGCGAAUGCCAGUCCAAAAUCUGUAAGUGCGCUUCGAGCUCUGUCACCAGCCAGCUCCCCGCUGUCCUCCCCGAGCAAGCACGGCGAUCGCUUCAUCCCUUCGCGGGCCGGCGCCAACUGGAGCGUCAACUUCCACCGCAUCAAUGAAAUUGAGAAGUCGCACAACCAAAACAGGAAAACAAAAGAUGGCACAGCAGACAGCAAUAAAGCGGAUGGUCUUGCAUACUCCGCACUGCUGAAAAACGAGUUGUUGGGAGCCGGUAUCGACAAAGUCCAGGACCCUCAGUCCGAAGACCGCCGUCUUCAGCCGUCCACUCCGACCAGGCGGAGCCUUUUCAAAUACUCAAUAAGUACUAAGAGGUCUCUCGAAGAAGAUGGAAACGCUGUUUCUCCUUAUUCCUUAUCACCCGUCAGUAGCAACAGCCAAAAACUACUACGCUCGCCACGGAAGCCCAUGCGGAAGAUCUCUAAAAUACCCUUCAAAGUUCUUGAUGCGCCAGAGCUUCAGGAUGACUUCUACCUCAACUUAGUGGACUGGUCCUCUCUUAAUGUGCUUAGUGUAGGACUGGGAACAUGUGUGUACCUGUGGAGCGCUUGUACUAGCCAGGUGACGCGUCUGUGUGACCUUUCUGUUGAAGGAGACUCUGUGACGUCAGUGGGCUGGUCGGAAAGGGGUAACCUGGUUGCUGUGGGGACUCAUAAAGGGUACGUUCAAAUCUGGGAUGCAGCCGCAGCGAAAAAGCUCUCUGCGCUUGAGGGACACACAGCCAGAGUGGGUGCCUUGGCAUGGAACGCAGACCAGCUAUCAUCAGGCAGCCGCGAUAGGGUCAUCCUGCAGCGGGACAUCAGAGCGCCGCCUCUUCAGUCAGAACGCCGGCUCCAGGGACACCGGCAGGAAGUUUGUGGUCUAAAGUGGAGCACGGAUCAUCAGCUUUUAGCAUCUGGUGGCAACGAUAACAAGUUGCUCGUGUGGAACCACUCCAGCGUCCUCCCGGUGCAGCAGUACACGGAGCAUUUGGCGGCAGUGAAGGCAAUCGCCUGGUCGCCCCACCAGCACGGCCUAUUGGCGUCCGGCGGAGGCACCGCCGACCGCUGCAUCCGCUUCUGGAACACUCUCACGGGCCAGCCGCUACAGUGCACCGACACGGGCUCUCAGGUGUGCAACCUGGCCUGGUCCAAGCACACUAACGAACUGGUCAGCACACAUGGGUACUCCCAGAACCAGAUCCUGGUGUGGAAGUAUCCCUCCCUCACUCAGGUGGCUAAACUUACAGGGCACUCUUACAGAGUUCUUUACCUGGCCAUGUCGCCUGACGGAGAGGCGAUCGUGACGGGAGCAGGAGAUGAAACUCUUCGCUUCUGGAAUGUCUUUAGCAAGAUGAGAUCAACUAAGGAGUCCGUUUCAGUCCUCAACCUUUUCACCAGGAUCCGAUAG